AUAUUUUCUGUACUAAUGGAUUCACUAAUUUUGAUGGUGGCAGUUCACGCCUCCGGAUGCUCUAUACGAUUACACUAAGCCGCUCUUCACCUCAUAUGAACGAGCGUUAACCAGCGUAGCGACUACACAGGGAGACUACGAGCCAAACAAAGUGCGAAUCGAGCGUUUAGUAAAAACUCUGAGGCAGUAUGUUUAUUGUGAGCACGCGUUAAACACGUAUCUAUUUUGAUGCUCCGCGGCUCGUGUUGCUCAAAAUACAAAACUCAAAAUAUUAAAACUUUCGGCUUAGUUUUGACAGAGUUGAACAGAGUAAACGUGUCUAAUGCAAGAGCGCAACUUAAAUGAAAAUGGAAAAAACGCAAUUAAUGCCAGCAAUACCGAAAGGUACCGUCAAGAUCAAGAGUCAUCCGUGCGUCUCUUAACAAUACCACGUGCCGCACCUAAAAUUGAGAAUUUUGGAUUUUGUUUGACGCGCAGCAAGUGGGACCCAUAUCCUUGGGUUUGUGAAGUGGCCGCGGGCACACCUGCCUGGCUCCGUGGCCUAAAGGCCGGUGAUUGCAUUUUAAAGGUUAACGGUGUAGAUAUUCUUGGUAUGAGGAUAGCCGAAGUUGCCCAAAUUGUUAAAAGCCAAAGAGAUCACGUUACAAUUUUGUGUUGGAAUAGCGACCAUGAAUUCGACUGCGACGAGAACAGCAUCAGCUGCGUUCCCAUGCCAACCAGUCUGAAACGGCUGGUCAUAAUUGUAGACAGUAUUCUGAAGGCAAUAGAGUGUCCUGUGUGCAACUCUAUUAUAACACCUCCAGUUCUGCAGUGCCAGAAUGGACAUGUGCUUUGUCUCGAGUGCCGCAUUCGCACUGAAAAAUGUCCUAUCUGCCGUGGUUUUUUCACUCCCAUUCGUUCAAGUAUUGCCGAAGAGAUAUAUGCAAUCAUUGCUUUCGCCUUCAAGCAAUGCCGACCGAAAGGUAAAUUGCGCCAAAGGGUAUUUGGCAACAUGACGUUAAUAAAGGCUAAGACCUGUGAUCAUUGUUUGACAACUGCCAACUGUCUAAAAGCAAAAGCUCGUAGGAUAUGCCUUGAAUAAUCUCCCCCGAGUACCUUUGAAACACUUGGUAGUUGCACGCUACUGACUAAAGCCCAAGUUUUUUAAACUAAUUUAAUUAAACCUAAGUUGCUUUGUUGCAGUCUCUAAGCUUACCACCUGCUAAAUAAAUCCACAGCUACUGAGUAAAUGACUGACAACUGAUGGCCCUCGCAAAGUACACAAAAGCAAAUGUUAGGGCUCUUUGUGUUGCAGGAGCUGAACAUAAAUUCAUUUUUUAAUAUGUAACUAUGUAAGGCCUUCAAAAAUUUAUUAACUGUUUAUGACUGAAAUGCAGUUUCGUAAAUAAAG